AUGGCGUUGAAUUUGAUCUCUUCGUAUGAUAGCGACGAUGAUAGUGGUGCUUCCGAUCAUGCUGAGUCUGUACAUGCCUCGGACGCUGAGAUACCUCAGUCAUCAGAGAAGCCGAAAAAUUCUUCAUUCUUCUUUGGAGAUGGUGAUGGUAGCGAUAGUGAUGGCAGUUCGGAAGGAUCGUCGAAGAACACUGACCCUAUCAAUUCCAACCUUACCUCAGGUUACAGUUCGUCGUCUCCCAGCGCAGGAUCCGUGCUGAAAGAAACAAUAGGUGGUAGAACGGGUUCUAGUGUGUUCUCGAGCGAGCGGGAGCGUGAAGAUCUCGCACACGUCCUAACACUAAGUCAGCACGUGCCCUUGACUGAAAAAGUGGAAACAAAAAAGAAGUCUUUGUGCCGAGCGUUUGCACGUGGACAGUGUAAACGGGGAGCAAAGUGUCGGUAUGCUCAUCCUAUUACGCCAGUGGCACCACACGACGCUGUAACUAUCGAUGCAGGUCCAAGAAUGUAUGACGCUGACGAUAUUUUUGCCAAGAAACCGAAAAUGGCCUAG